UGACGUUUCGUCGUCGCCAUCUUGCUACACCCGCACUCCUCCACAGUAAUCGGCGAAGGAAGUGGCCUGGCUGAAGGAGCCGAGAUUUCCCCGGAAGUAAUAUCAGCCGCAUAGAGGAGUGUUGCACCGGAAGUUGAUGACACGGUGGAGGAAGUAGUCUGUCUGCCUGACAGAGGGAAAGAUGAUUAAAGCUAUUCUGGUGUUCAAUAAUCAUGGCAAGCCGCGCUUCAUACGUUUCUACCAACACUUCCCAGAAGACAUGCAGCAGCAGAUUGUCCGGGAGACCUUUCAUCUGGUCUCCAAGCGAGAUGACAAUGUCUGUAAUUUCCUGGAAGGAGGAAGUUUAAUUGGUGGGUCUGACUACAAGCUGAUUUAUCGCCAUUACGCCACGCUGUACUUUGUGUUCUGUGUGGAUUCCUCUGAAAGUGAACUGGGAAUUCUUGACCUCAUCCAGGUUUUCGUGGAGACGUUGGAUAAAUGUUUUGAAAAUGUAUGUGAACUGGACUUGAUCUUUAAUGUGGAUAAGGUACAUUAUAUCUUACAUGAAAUGGUGAUGGGUGGAAUGGUUCUGGAGACCAAUAUGAAUGAAGUUGUUGCACAGGUAGAAGCACAGAACAAGGUUGAAAAGUCUGAGACUAGUUUCUCUGCAGCUCCAGCAAGAGCAGUUUCUGCUGUGAAGAGUAUGAAUUUACCGGAAUUACCACGCAAUAUCAACAUCGGUGACCUCAACAUCAAGGUUCCAAACCUCUCCCACUUAGUAUGAGAGGGAAACCUUACAACAGUUGUACAACCAGGUCCUUGUCCUAGAAACAUUGCUCUUAGAUGUAUAUUUAGAUGAUAUCUAUUUUCUUUAUCUUCUGCAUACUAGAUUGAAGUGCUUUUGAAAAAUACCCUGGAGUGAGUUAUGCAUUGCCAGAUAAUUGUAUUCUUUGUCAAGAGAUGUUCAGGGGUCUGUUGUCAAGAUUAAUAACUCACUCUAGAGGGUAUGUAGUCUUAUAGGUGAGCAGACAGUGCCUAGAAUCAUACAUUUCAUAAAUAAAAACAAGAGAUCCAUGUUAUAUGCUAGCUGUAUGAGGUUCCUGUCUAGUAUGGGUUACCCAGCAUUGUCUUACUGUAUAAAAGCACAGCUUCCAUUGUGCCAUACUUGCCAACAAUCUGAAUGCUGAGUUUAGUCCACACUAGUAAACCCCAACCUUUCCUGACCUACAUUUUGGAUUCUGAAACGGGGGAAUGACCUUUUUGGUGUAAAGCUCGCUGUUGGCUGAAGUCAGUCAGCUGGACCAGGCUUUACAGUCGGGAUCCACCCAGAUGCCUGGACCGGCAGCUGGCUCAGCGCCUUGGCUGCGCCACUGGAAGAUUGAGCCAACUACUCCCUCCCCUCCUCAGCCCAGUGCUCCAGUGAGCACUGGAGGGGCAGAGCAGAAAGUCCAUUGACUGACAGUCACCAUUUUCCUCUCCGAGCGGAAGGGAGAACUGAGCGAGCAUCGGUGUGUCAUCACUCAGUGCAGAGCCGAUGCGGGACAGAUGCCGCAUUGGAUCAAUGCUGCAUCCACCUAGGUGUUUUUUGUUUUGUUUUUUUAUGGGGAUUUUUUUUUUUUUUUUAAUACCCCAUACUUUUCUUUUAAUGUAUCAGGGUUUUGAUAAGGAAUUAUGUCCUUUGGCAAAACUACAUAUUAAAAAAAAUAUUUGGGAGCAAAAUCAAACUGUCAAUAGAGACAUGGCACAGAAAAGGAUCAUGUGGUUACAUAAGUACUAUGAGUAUAUAGUUGAAUUAAUUUUCACUCUUUCUCUAGCAGUUUGUUUGUGCUAGUAAAAAAACAAAAAAAAACAAAAAGGUACUUCUGACCCAAAGUAUGUGCUUGACAAGAAAAUAAGCAAGUGUUCCACCACUAUUGAGGAUGCAUAACACGAUUAUUAACUGUCUCUAAAGACCACACAGGUCAUACCACAAUGAUAAUUCCGCACAGCACCAAAAUAAAGAAAAGGAUUGUAAGAAUGAUACUGCAGGAUGGCAAAUGGGGAUCUAGAAAACAGGAGAAGGGACAGUAAUGUAGAAUGACUUAUUCCAUCACAGUUAUCUACAAAACUGAUGGGACCCCCUAGGGAACCAAAUCACAGUGGUUAGGAUACAGCAGCUCAGUAGUCCAUAUUUUCAAGCCACAAGAAUGUAUUAAAUUUAGUAGGACAGCCCCUACUGCUAUUAAGCAGCUUUGUAAGAUGGUAGUGCAGAGUUUCUGCAUGUUCAUCUUCGAUGCGGUUUUCAAAACCACACCAAAAAACGCUGGUCACUAUUGAAAUGAAUAGCAAAAACUUAGCUGAAUUGCAUUUUUGGUGCAUUUUUUUGUCUUGCAUGUCUCUAUUUCACAGAUGCAUGCUGGGAGUCAGGAACCCAGAAAACGCAUAUGCAUUUUUGAUGCAUUGUUUAUAACGGAGCAGUGUGAAAGCAGCCUAAGAAAUCAACCCAGCGUAAUAAAGUUAUCAAUAACAAUAGCGGUGUUUGCAAGUCCCUUGAUAAAUAUCCAGCAUAAAUUCAGCUGCAUCUUAUGUGCCGGAUACAGUCUGUGCCUUGCUUGAUAAAUCUCUCACCCCACCCCUGUUGUCCCUGCUACCUAAGUCAACCUUGGAUGAUUACACAUGGAAAAAGCCUUGCUGCCAAUCAAUUAUAUGGAGAUGAAAGGGAAACUACAUCAAGUCCUUAUUUGCACAGAUUUUUGUUUCUAACUGGAACAGUCAAAGUUAUUUUUUUUUUUUAACUCUGAGAUUAAGUUACAGAAUCUUAAAAAAAAAGAUUUAGGGUGUUUCCUCUUUACUUAAAAACCACAAAGAUUAAUAAACUUUCAUGAGUUUGUGUUUGCAUAUUAAAUGGGCGUAAAUACUA